UUUCCCUCUCCCCCCUCUUCCGCUUUGCCAGGCCCUCCCAGACACCCGCGCGCGGGGAGAAGGGGGGCGGGGAGGGAGCGAGCGUGAGCAGCAGCGCUGCCGCCGCCGGCCUUGGUGACGGUGGGCGUCGCUCUGAGGGGAGCUGAAGGACCCCUCCGCCCCCGGGCCUGCCCGGCCAGCCGGCCCUCGCCAGCGUCCUGCUGAAGGGACCGAGCGGCCCAUGGACCAGCCGGGCCUGGAGCUCAGCCCGGAGGAGCCGCUGCUGAGGGAGGCCGCUGUCGCCGCCCGUCGGAGGACGCUGAGGGAGGAGGAGGAGCGGCCGGGCUGGCGGAUGCCGCUGCCCCGAGCCUGAGGCGGCGGCCGGGCAGCAGCAGCAGCAGCGGCGGCGCCUCCUCCCUCCCUCCUUCCCUCCCUCCGUCCCUCCUUCCUUCCCCCUCUCCGCCCUCUUCCUUCCCUCCCGGCUUCUCUCCCAGCGCGGCCUUCUUCUUCUUCUCCUUCUUCCCGCUGCCCGGACGGACCUCGCCGCCGCCGCCGCCGCCACCAUGUCGGCCAAGGUGCGGCUGAAGAGGCUGGAGCAGCUGCUGCUGGACGGGCCGCGGCGCAGCGAGGGGGUCCUGAGCGUGGAGGCCCUGCUCGACCUCCUGGUCGGCCUCUACACCGAGUGCAGCCGCGACUCGCCGCUCCGACGGGACAGGCUCGUCUCCGACUUCCUCGAGUGGGCAAAACCAUUUACACAGUUGGUGAAGGAAAUGCAACUACAUCGGGAUGACUUUGAAAUUAUAAAAGUCAUUGGCAGAGGAGCAUUUGGUGAGGUUGCAGUUGUUAAAAUGAAGUGCACAGAGCGCAUUUAUGCAAUGAAAAUUCUAAAUAAAUGGGAAAUGCUUAAAAGGGCAGAGACAGCUUGUUUCCGAGAAGAGAGAGAUGUUUUGGUGAAUGGAGACUGUCAGUGGAUUACUACGUUGCACUAUGCCUUCCAGGAUGAAAAUUAUUUGUAUUUAGUAAUGGACUACUAUGUGGGUGGUGAUUUGUUGACACUACUCAGCAAAUUUGAAGACAAGCUUCCUGAAGACAUGGCCAGGUUCUACAUUGGUGAAAUGGUGCUUGCUAUACAUUCCAUCCAUCAAUUACAUUAUGUACACAGAGAUAUAAAGCCUGAUAAUGUUUUGCUGGAUGUGAACGGCCAUAUUCGCCUGGCUGACUUUGGAUCGUGUCUGAAGAUGAGCGAAGAUGGCACUGUGCAGUCAUCAGUAGCAGUGGGCACACCUGACUACAUUUCUCCAGAGAUAUUGCAAGCCAUGGAAGAUGGCAUGGGGAAGUACGGGCCAGAAUGCGACUGGUGGUCUCUGGGCGUCUGCAUGUAUGAAAUGUUAUAUGGGGAAACCCCUUUUUAUGCGGAAUCCCUGGUGGAAACAUAUGGGAAAAUUAUGAAUCAUGAAGAGAGGUUUCAGUUUCCAUCCCAUGUUACAGAUGUAUCCGAAGACGCAAAAGACCUGAUUCAGCGGCUUAUAUGUAGCAGAGAACGUCGUUUGGGUCAGAACGGAAUAGAGGAUUUCAAGUCGCAUGCAUUUUUUGAAGGACUCAACUGGGACAAUAUCCGAAAUUUAGAAGCACCUUACAUUCCAGAAGUUAGCAGCCCUUCAGACACAUCCAACUUCGAUGUAGAUGAUGAUGUGCUGAGAAACCCAGAAAUGAUACCACCUGGUUCUCACACUGGCUUUUCUGGAUUGCAUUUACCUUUUGUUGGGUUUACCUACACAACGGAAAGCUGCUUUUCGGACAGAGGCUCCCUCAAGGGGGUGAUGCAGUCCAGCGGUAUCACCAAAGACGAGGAUGUGCAGCGCGACUUGGACAACAGCUUGCAAAUAGAGGCGUACGAAAGGAGAAUACGGAGGCUGGAGCAGGAGAAGCUAGAGCUGAGCAGGAAGUUGCAAGAAUCCACCCAAGCUGUUCAGUCCCUUCACGGUUCUGCUCGCCUGAUGACAAACACAAGCCGGGAUAAAGAAAUAAAGAAGUUAAAUGAGGAAAUAGAGCGCUUGAAGAACAAAAUAGCAGAUUCAAACAGGCUAGAACGGCAGCUGGAAGACGCAGUGACACUACGGCAAGAGCAUGAAGACUCCGCCCACAAGUUGAGAGGGCUCGAGAAGCAAUCCAGAAUAUUAAGGCAAGAAAAGGAGGAUCUUCACAAGCAACUGGUCGAAGCCUCCGAGAGGCUAAAGGGGCAGUCGAAAGAACUGAAAGACGCCCAUCAGCAAAGGAAGCUGGCAAUGCACGAAUUCUCAGAGCUGAACGAAAGGAUGGCAGACUUGCGCUCGCAGAAGCAGAAGCUCUCUCGGCAGCUCCGUGACAAAGAGGAAGAAGUGGAAGUGGUCAUGCAGAAAAUGGACUCCAUGAGACAGGAAAUCCGGAAAUCGGAGAAAGCAAGGAAAGAGCUGGAGGCCCAACUUGAUGAUGCCGCAGCAGAAGCAUCAAAGGAGCGCAAACUUCGGGAGCACAGCGAGAUUUUCUCUAAGCAGGUGGAGAGUGAACUGGAAACGCUAAAGCUCAAGCAAGGGGGCCGUGCCGCGGGGGCCAUGCUGGAGCACCAGCAGGAGCUGGCCAAAAUGAAGUCAGAGCUCGAGAAGAAGAUCUUGUUUUAUGAAGAGGAGCUGGUCAGGCGAGAAGCAUCCCACAUCUUGGAGGUGAAAAAUGUGAAGAAGGAGGUGCACGAUUUAGAAAGCCACCAGCUGGCACUGCAGAAGGAGAUUCUGAUGUUGAAAGACAAGCUGGACAAGGCCAAGAGAGAGAAACACAGCGAGAUGGAAGAAGCGGUGGGAACUCUGAAAGAGAAAUACGAGCGGGAGCGAUCCAUGCUCUUCGAAGAUAACAAGAAAAUAACAACUGAAAAUGAAAAGCUCUGUUCCUUUGUGGAUAAACUUACAGCGCAAAACAGGCAGCUGGAGGAUGAGCUUCAGGAUUUGGCGGCAAAGAAGGAAUCCGUCGCCCACUGGGAAGCUCAGAUUGCGGAAAUUAUUCAGUGGGUGAGUGAUGAAAAAGACGCACGAGGGUAUCUUCAGGCUCUGGCAUCAAAGAUGACAGAAGAACUGGAAUCUUUGAGAAGCUCCAGUCUGGGAUCGAGAACACUGGAUCCGCUCUGGAAAGUAAGGCGCAGUCAGAAGUUGGAUAUGUCAGCAAGGCUGGAACUGCAGUCAGCUCUGGAUGCAGAAAUACGUGCCAAACAACUGGUCCAGGAAGAAUUAAGGAAGGUUAAAGACGCCAACCUGUCCUUUGAGAGCAAACUAAAGGAGUCAGAAAUAAAAAAUCGGGAACUGUUGGAAGAAGUUGAAGCUUUAAAGAAGAAGUUGGAGGAAAAAUACCGAACUGACGCAGGUCUCAAACUUCCAGACUUCCAAGAUUCCAUCUUUGAGUACUUCAAUACCUCGCCUCUGGCUCAUGAUCUUACUUUCAGAGACUCUGUUUCCUCCUCGUCUACAUCUUCUCUGCUAGCCUUUUGGGAAGAAGCAAAUUCUGUUAGCGAACCGGAAGCACAAGGACUCAAGGCAGAAGUCUCUUCCUCGACCUCUCUCGUGACUGUAGAGCAGCAGCAAGAAGAACCAAUUCGGCCUCAGAGGAUGCCUGCUGCUCCCUCCCCCACCAUUCAGUCCAUUUCUCUAGCUGUACCAAAGCCCAAAGCUCAUCAGCUCAGCAUCAAGUCUUUUUCGAGCCCCACCCAAUGCAGUCACUGCACCUCCCUCAUGGUGGGACUGAUCCGACAGGGCUACGCUUGUGAUGUGUGUUCAUUCGCGUGCCAUGUUUCCUGUAAGGACAGCUCACCCCAAGUCUGCCCGAUCCCUCCGGAGCAAGCCAAGAGGCCACUCGGAGUAGAUGUUCAGAGAGGAAUAGGAACAGCUUACAAGGGCUAUGUCAAAGUUCCCAAGCCCACAGGCGUUAAGAAAGGAUGGCAGCGGGCCUACGCGGUGGUCUGCGACUGUAAACUCUUCCUUUACGAUGUGCCUGAAGGGAAAUCCACCCAGCCAGGAGUUGUCGCAAGUCAGGUGUUGGAUCUCAGGGACGAAGAUUUCUCUGUGAGCUCUGUUCUAGCAUCAGACGUUAUACAUGCAACCCGCAAAGACAUCCCUUGCAUAUUCAGGGUGACAGCUUCUCUCUUAGGCUCGCCUUCAAAGACCUGCUCUCUGCUGAUCCUCACCGAAAACGAGAACGAGAAGCGAAAGUGGGUUGGAAUCCUGGAGGGGCUGCAGUCGAUCCUGCACAAAAACAGGCUGAAAAACCAAGUUGUACAUAUUCCACAAGAAGCCUACGACAGCACGCUGCCUCUCAUUAAAGCCAGCCUGGCUGCCGCUAUUAUAGAUCGGGAUAGAAUAGCAAUUGGUUCCGAAGAAGGCCUCUAUGUCAUCGAGGUGACCCGUGAUGCAGGAGCAGCCCUGAGCGUGCCAGAGACGUCCGAUAACAGCAAAAAGCAAAUGGUUCGCACGCGGAGCAAAAGGAGAUUCGUCUUUAAAGUUCCCGAGGAAGAGAGACUGCAGCAAAGGCGAGAGAUGCUCCGAGACCCUGAACUCAGAUCCAAAAUGAUUUCGAACCCAACCAAUUUCAACCACGUGGCGCAUAUGGGACCAGGAGAUGGAAUGCAAGUUCUGAUGGACCUCCCACUGAGCGUCCUCCCGUCUUCCCAAGAUGAAAAGCCUUGUCCUCCCACGACCAACAUUUCACGCCAGGCACCGCUGAGAAACAAAAGCUACAUUUCUUGGCCUUCUGCAAGUGGGGGUGACCUGGGGGCAUCCAUGCCCUUGCGAAGCAUGUCCGAUCCGGACCAGGAGUUUGACAAAGAGCCUGAUUCGGAUUCCACCAAACACUCUACACCUUCCAACAGCUCUAACCCAAGUGGGCCCCCGAGUCCGAACUCUCCUCAUAGGAAUCAACUGACACUAGAUGGACUGGACCAAUCAACCUGUGAUGCAUAACGCUAUGGCUGUGCCACCCCCCGCCCCUUUUUCACUUGGGACCACCCGCUACUCCCCGGACUAUUCAAGAACAUGACAACUGUCUUCAACAGCAGUGCCAAGACUGGAUUUCUAAUGUUGCGCCCCCAAAAAAAUAAAGUAAAUUCUAUAUCCAGAUUGUGGGGCAGGGCGGGAAGGGAAGAAUAUUGAGGAAGAGAGACUUCUUUAUUACUGGGGGGGUUGUUUUUUUAAAUGCAGAACUGUUUGUUCUUAAACCUACGGUGAAUCUAUUUGUGCACAGCUAUGAUACGCUCUUGCAGCAUACACUAAAGGCUACCCAGGAAUGGUCCUCAUUCUGAAGCUGGAAAAAAAGAAAGAGAGAAGAAAUGCUGGUAGUUCUUGCUACUAAGCCAUGUCAGGAAUAUUAUUUUUCUAUAGGAUGAUGUAAUGUCUUGUUAGCAGGAAAUCCUUUUAGGAAAAAAAAUUGGACCCUCCUGGACGGGAAGGAAAAGCAGGGCUUAGUUCACAUUGUCGGUGAAAUAUAUUCUUCCCCGUUUUCCGCUGUCCUCACCCCACCCCCCAACCCCCGCCAAAGUUUAGGAAAAGGGUAGGAAGCUGUAGAGCCUUUUCCAGCAUCAGUAGGAUUUGCUGGGAAGCUGAAUGAAAACCAAGGUUCUAGUCUGUGGCCUUUUCGCGUAUUUAGCCAUUCCACUCUCAGCUUUGUAAAUGUCUUUCCUCCUCACCUGAAGUCAUUGUACAUAAAAAUAUCCUACCGGUAAUGUUUUAUUUUCACCCUGCUUUUUUUGUCUUUUUUAGACCUCUUCAGCUGUUGUCGGUCAGGGCAGGACUUUUAAAACACAAGUAAAAUACUGCUGUGAAAGAGAUUCUUUUUUAAAAAAACUCCACUAUCCCUGCCACCAUCUCUCCUGACAAACUCGUAAAUUCCUCUUGGGAGAUUUUUUUUUGUUUUUGAUUCUACAUGUGUGCGCGUGCGUGUGUGUGUGUGUGUGUGUUUUCUCCAGUGUAAAAGAUACACUACAUUUUAAAAAUAAAUAAAUAAAUUAGCUAGCUAGCAUUCUCUCGGGAUUGCGUUCCCUAUAAAAGCUGCUUGUAUCGAAGGGAUUGUGUAGUACUUACAACCAUCCGUCUAUUUUAUCGGUAACCAAAGUGGAAACGUUGAAGGAUGUGUAUAUGAGGGUGCCUCUUUCCCCCACUUCCACCCGUUCCCCCGACCACCUCCAGUCCAUUGCAUGAAAACCCCAUGAUUGCUAAUCAAAAGUAUUGAUCAUGUAAGAAAAGAUUUAAAAAUGCACAGCACAUUCCUGUAUAUUUUGCUAUGGCGCACGUGCAGCGGUGACAUUGCCUAUUGCGUGUGUAUUUAAUCUCUUGCUUCCCAUGUAUUAUACAUUUAGUCCCUUUUUUCCUUCCCCCCCCUCCUUCCAAAGAAUUUUUUUUUUUGGUAAUCAUGUUUCAUUUAACAGGCGUGUAAUUAAAUUCUGUGGCUGGCAUAUCCAGUUGUCAUAGUCACAUUAGUGUGCCUUCCUGUGCCAAUUUGAUGACAGUCACUUGUUUUAAAAUCUGGUUCCUCUGGGCUAACCCUAUCCCAACACAGCUAAUACUCUUUUCCUGAAACACUGUAUAGGACCAGGCACUUAUCUCUCUAGUUUUAAGCCGAGUGGGUUCUCUAGUCAACAUUUAAUUUAUCACAUUAAGUGUUUGACGGUAUUCGCUCUUUCUCAGAGGCUCGCUUUGAGCCGGACACUACUGCUUCGGGGGGGGGGGGGGGGUCUGGUUUUUACUCUUAUUUUUUAAUGUAAGUCUAAAGUCUUUGUAAUUAUUGAAUUGUGAGAACAUUUUUGAACAAUUUACCUGUCAAUAAAGCAGAAGAGGGAGGUUUUAAAAGUU